AUGGAUGAUGAUUUCUUCAAGAAUUUCGGCUCAGCUAAAACCACAACUUAUACCACCAGCGGUGAUAAUCUUUUGGGUGAUGAUGAUUUUUUCAAGGGGUUUGAACCAAACAAGUCUUCCUCCUCCACCACCACCUACACAAUUUCCUCCAGUAACAAUGGAAAGCCGGCUGAGACAAAGACUUUCACCUACAGCGGUGAUCCUUCCGGGGAAAUGCUGGAAGAGAUGCAGAAGGAAUUUUCAAAAUUGGGACUUGAUUUUACAAAGCAAUUUUGGACCACCAACCUGAAUUUUGAUGAAUACUUCAACUCCGAUAUCGGUAUUAAACCUUCACAACCUCAUGUUAAAAUUGUGAAACCGGUCAAACAGCCGGAAGGAUUGCCAGAGGAAUAUUCAUGUUUCGUCAAGCCUCAUAAAGAAGAUCAACAUGAGCCUAUACCCUGUCCUUGCGAUAAUCGCAAGAGAGCUCUAUUGAUUGGGAUCAACUACUUUGGAACAUCGUACAAUUUAAAUGGUUGCGUCAAUGACGUUCGCAACAUAUAUCGAUUCCUCACGAAAUAUUGGGGAUUUCCCGAAGAAAACAUAACCGUGUUGACCGAUGACCAAAAGGAUCCAACGAAACUUCCCACCAGGGAUAAUUGCAUCAAUGCCAUGAAAGCCCUCGUGGCCAAUCCAGAGAAAGGUGACUCUGGACACGGAGGACAACAGAUUGACCCUGACGGCGAUGAGGAUGACGGAUAUGAUGAGACCAUCAUGCCGUUAGAUUUUAAGACAAAUGGUCAAAUCAUCGAUGACGAAAUGCACUAUAUAAUGAUCGAUCACCUUCCUCCCGGAGUGAGGUUGACAGCGAUCUUUGAUUCCUGCCAUUCGGGGACUGUGCUCGAUCUGCCAUACAUCUAUUCCACCCGCGGGUACAUCAAGCAGCCAAAGAUUAUAGAAGGUGGGAAGAAGAAGAAUACAGCAGAUGGUGAAAGAAUCAGGAGGAAGAAUUUCGAGACGAAAUCUAGCCCAGCUGAUGUUAUCAUGUUCAGUGGAUGUAAAGAUGAACAAACCUCCUCAGACGUGACUGUUAAUGGUGUAUCUUCUGGCGCGAUGUCACACGCUUUCAUCGAAGCUUUAACAACGGAUAAAACCCAGACCUACAAUGAACUUUUAAAUCGAAUUCGUGACAUACUUCAUGGAAAACACGCGCAGAGGCCUCAAUUAAGCUCGUCCCACCCGAUCAACAUGGAUGAUCCAUUCAUCAUGUAA